CGUGGGUUAAAAAAGACAGAAUAAAUAAAUAUACUUUCAGAUCUGGAGUGCAAUCCAAACAAAAAUCCCGAUGCAGGCGAACAGAACUGUUGACACAACUACAGAACUCGAUUGACUUAACCCCCAGUAAGACUUUAAAUAAUAUUGGCAUCGAACGUGGAAGGGAGGGGCUCUGCAGGAUUCUUUGAACAAGGACAAGACCUACUUUUAUGCUGAGACGCGAAAAUGAAAGAAAUUGAUGAUCCUGAUGAUUAAUCUUUCAUUAAAUUCAUUCAUGCCCGCUUUUGGCCUGCUGUAGCGAAACAUUGUUCUCUUUGGUAUGUCUGGAAAUAUUGCCCUUCCAUCUUGGUAAUAAUUCAACAUUUCAUGCCCAGUUGUUUGAAGUCUCUCAAACCCAUUUUCUAGAUUUUUGUUUUUUUGGGUUGGGCUACUUCCUGCAUUCCUCGUUGCUUGUUACGGCGCAUGUGCUAAUCAUCAAUAUAGAAUACCAUUUGCCUUCAUUUAGAUGGCUGAGUUGGAAAGUUCUCUUCUUUCAGAGCAAGGAGAAUCUAGGGAAUGUGAUGGCGAUGUGAAUAAUCAUCACGAAGUUUGUGUGCCAAUGAUUGCAGAAUGUAUAUCAGAUCGGGCACUCGUGGGGCAUAACUGUGUCAGCCCAGGUGAAUGUGGGUUGGAAGAUGGUGGAUACACAUCAGAGAACUUGAUUCAUGUUUGUUCUGGUGGGAAGAUUUUUGAGAAUUCAGAAGCUAAAAGUGCUGUCUUGGGCUUGAAGUCUGGGUGCCCAAAAGAGUUACUGGAUGCAAGGAUCCAGCUAGAUCCUAAAGGAGUUGUGUCCAUGGAUCUGAUUGAAAAAAUGGAACAGGGAGUAGAUCUAGAAAGUGGUAAGGAAAUAAGCGGUGCCAAUGGGUGUGAUAACUCUUUUUGGGGUUCUGCAAAGAGGCUAUUUCGGAGGGCCUUGGACAGUUUCGUUCCAGGGGAUUUGAGUCAAAGUUUUAAUGGUUCAACCAAAACUGUUGGUUCCACUUUCAGAUUGUGUAAGUCUGCAAGCGAUCUUCGUAAAUCUGGGAUUGCGUAUCUUUCACAGAAAUCAGAAUGUGACAACGGUGGAAACCCUAGAAAUACAGAGGUGCUAAGUUCUGGGAAGUUAAGGAACGGAAAUGUCAACAACAUUAAAGCCAAUAGCAAAAAGCCUCCCAGGCCUCCUAGGCCUCCAAAACCAGCAAAGACAACCGUAGAUCCUUCAAAGGAGAGGCUUGUGAAAGCUAUUUUAAGGAGGGCCAGAUUGGAAAGAAUGAUAACUCUGAAGAAGAAGCAAAUUGCAAGGUCUAAAUCUUCCAAUUCAAGUGUGUGGGCUCUUGCUUUCACUCUAUGCUUCUGUGUUAUAAUGAUCUUGCAAGGUAUGUUUUCACAAGGGAAUGAUAGUGCUCAGAUCUCACCAGAGGCUGCAGUACAAACAAGUGCAUACUCUGAACACAAUGGUGAUGAUCGUGCUAUAAUGGGCGAAGCAUGGUAUCCGAUAGAACCAGACGAACCUUCUGCUUCUUUACAUCUUUUUAGGAGUGGAAUGGAUAAAGCCAGAUAUAUGCAAACAGAUCCAAAGUCAUGAUUGUUUUCUCAGUUCUUAAGUUCUGCUGUUAAUAUCAUCGUAUUUCUCUCCUCACCACUAUAUUAUACCCACAGUAGGUAGAUUCUGAGGGUGAAGUACAAUUUUUCUAACAAUAAGCUGAUGUUGGUUGCAUCGGCAGCAUCAUUCUAGGGUGACUUGCUGAUGUUCAUAUUGCAGGUACAGCAGUCAAUCAGAUGUAUAAGGUGCCUAAUUUUGUAUAGCAACCAAUUUUUUUUCUAUGUAGCCUUACUGGGGGCUAUUAGGAAUAUUAUACCAUCUGAGCAGGAGUUCUCUUUGAGUCUGUCUUCCAUUAUUUAUUGUUCCUAUUUAAGUUGAGAAGAACCCAAGGGUUUGCAUCCCAUCACUGAUUCUCCGAGGAUCCAUCAAAAAACAGAAUGCAGAAUGGGACACAACAUAUAGUAUGCCAACUUCUAUGCUGGAUUCAAACUUUCUGCAUAUAAUAGAAACAUCAUAACAUGAAAAAUUUUGUUAGGCACACCCCUGUGCAUACCAUCAAAGUGAGAUUUAAAGUGCUUGACUUGAGGAGCAGAUCAUAUUGUACAAUAUUGCAUGCUAGUAUCACUGUGCCGUCUGCCCAAAGUAUCCUGAAUAAUUAUGAAUAACCGAGGCAUUUGCUUGUAAUAGGUCUCAGCAAGAAAGAAAUUGCCUUUCAUCAGGAAAUUAUAAUAAAAUCGAAGGGCAUAAACUUUUUAAUA